UCAUAAGUCCAAGAUUAAUCGACAUCCCGAGUUCUCCACGGGUACCCUGGUCCGUCUCCCGUACGCUCCCUCCCCGUCACCUGUCUCCGACUCGGCCUCGGCGUCCCCUCGCCUCGCCGCCUCUCUCCUCCGCAGCUCAGCCUCAUCGCCGUCCAUACUGGCACUGCCACCUCCGCCAUGGAUCCUGUCCUCUCGAUCAUGCUUUUAUCGGUUAUACUCGGAGCUGUGAUCGCCCUCGCCUUCUUCGGGAACUACUUCAGCAAGAGGAGAUCGGAAGUCGUCUCCGUCGCCAAUACGGAUCUCCAGCCCGAUCAGAAGAAGCAAUCGAGGCCGCCUCGGGGUGCCUCAAAGAAGGCUCACCCGAAAUCUCACUCCCACGCCGCAGAUAAGGAUCAGAACAAGCGACACCACCCUCUGGAUGUGAAUACUCUGAAAGGCCAUGCCGAUGCUGUCACAGGCCUAUGUUUCUCUUCUGAUGGUCGGAGUUUGGCAACAGCUUGUGCUGACAGUGUCAUCAGAGUGUUCAAGUUGGAUGAUGCUUCAAAUAAAAGCUUCAAAUUUCUGAGGAUUAAUUUGCCUGCCGGAGGUCAUCCUACAGCAGUUGCAUUUGCUGAUGAUGCAUCAUCUAUAGUUGUAGCUUCGCAGGCUUUCUCUGGUUCUUCCAUCUACAUGUACGGAGAAGAGAAACCCAAAACCACCACAGGAGAUAAGCAGCAGACCAAGCUUCCCUUGCCUGAAAUCAAAUGGGAACAUCAUAAAGUCCAUGACAAGAGAGCAAUUUUGACCCUAUCUGGGGCAACUGCAAGUUAUGGUACUGCUGAUGGGAGUACAGUCAUUGCCUCUUGCUCAGAAGGAACUGACAUAAUACUUUGGCAUGGAAAAAGUGGAAAAAUUUUGGGCAAUGUUGAUACUAAUCAAUUGAAGAACCACAUGGCUGCUGUUUCACCAAAUGGCCGUUUUAUUGCUGCUGCAGCAUUCACUGCAGAUGUCAAGGUUUGGGAGAUUGUAUAUUCAAAAGAUGGUUCCGUUAAGGAAGUGUCAAGAGUUAUGCAGCUUAAGGGGCAUAAGAGUGCUGUAACUUGGUUAUGCUUCUCACCAAACUCAGAGCAAAUAAUUACAGCAUCAAAGGAUGGCGCUAUAAGGAUUUGGAAUAUCAAUGUUCGUUAUCACCUUGAUGAAGAUCCUAAGACAUUGAAGGUUUUCCCAAUUCCUCUUCAUGAUUCUGCUGGCACAACUGUGCACUAUGAUUGUCUGAGCCUAUCUCCUGAUGGAAGGAUACUGGCAGCAACCCAUGGUUCCACUUUGCAGUGGCUGUGUGUUGAAACUGGAAAGGUUUUGGACACAGCUGACAAAGCUCAUGAUGGUGAUAUCACAUGCAUAGCAUGGGCACCAAAGAACAUUCCAAUGGGCAAAGAGCAAGUCCUUGUCUUGGCCACUGCCAGCAACGACAAGAAAGUGAAGUUGUGGGCAGCUCCAUCCCUCCACACCCCAUAAAUGAAUCGAUGGGAUGGACUGCUACCAAGAAUAGGCAUGAAAGUGCUCGUGAUGAGAAGAAUAGGUUGGUUGCUUUUGCAUCUGACGUAACAGUUUUUGGCUCCAUCCUGACAAGGGUUUGCAACUUUAGGUAGUUCAUCAUGUGGCAGUACUCUUUGAAAAGAUCCGGAGCUUGCUGGAGAGCUAUACUGGAAAAAACCCUAUUUGCAUGUUGGUCUUAUUUUCUGGGGAGUUUUUUGUUCAAGAGUAGUCUGUGAGAGUAGCUUCACACCUGCUGAGGUACGGCUGGCUAGUGAAUCUACAAAGCAAUGGUGAUGAAAAUGUCUUAUUUACUGAACAAUCCAGAGUUCGGGACAAUUUAAUCACUCCGGACUUGGACUGUAACCGUUUUUCCCUCCUUUUAUACCCCGCUCUUGGCUUAAUGAAUCUUUUAUACUCUCUGACUUGAACACAGUUAAGGAAUGUAUUUAUAUCUUUUGCAUAGAAA